AGUCUCUCUCUCUCCCUCUCUCCCUCCCUCCUCGGAGCAGUUGUGUAAUUUCAUUUUCUCUCUUCCUCCGAAAGUUGAAUAGCUGGACCGCGAACCCAAAAGCCUUUGCGGUUUCGCCCCUACUUUGGCGCUCUGCGAUUUCCCGCUGCAAAUCCUCUCGAACGAAACCCUAGCUUUCGCACUUCGGCUCGCCUGUGUUCCUCUGGAAUUUGAAGAAUCGAGUCGGUUUCUCGCGGCCUCCCCGCGCGCGUUCUUCUAGAUCCGUCCUCGGAUUUCAGAUUCAUCAUCGAGACAUGUUGCGGUUGGUUCUGGAUUGACGAGAGUCGGUUUCUCGGGAGAUUUCGGUAGCUUUUUUCCUGGAUUGUUAGGAGAGCUCGAGAUAGCAAUUAGUGGGAGCUUGCAUGUGGCGACGUAGACUUUCCUCCUCGCGAGCCGUCGUUUGGCGAGAUUGAUGGUGUUAGUGCGAUUUGGUGGUGCUGUUUGUAUCUAUUUAGGGAAUUGAAGUUUCGAUGAUGCUGCGGAUUUUCUUCUGGAUCAUUUGAAGGUGUUUCUCUUUGAUUUGAACUGAAGUUGGAUUUGGACCCGAGUGGCGAACUCAUAGUACUUGCAAACGGAUUCAGGUACAGUCGUUAUUCGUUUGGCUCUCGAUUUGCGCGGUUGCCUGGGUUUCGUCUAGCUGGUGAAUGCUGUCGUGGGCAAUAGCGACACUGUUUUCGCUUGAAUGUGCCAAGGAAUUGCGUUCUGAUGGCAGAAGAUGAAGCUUGUCUGGAUGUUUCGUCAGAUGUGGUCAUGGAGGGGAAGAAUUCUCCAAAAGAUGAACUGAAGCGUGAACGUGAAUGCACCACAGAUGAUGCUGUGCCGUGUUCUUCUCCCGUGAAGAAGCAAGCUAUAGAAGCUUCUAAUGAGGACACGCGUUCUGAAGUGUCCAAUCCCACGGUGUGCCAGAAAGCGAAUGCUGCGAGCUUUCAAGAUAUAACCAGCCCACCAGCUGAAUCGUUGAGUGCUAAGCUGGUUGCCUCUGGUGAAGUUACGUCUAAGUGUUCAGCAAAUUUGAGUUCAGAAGAGACUUUGAGCAAUGAAGAAUAUGGUCCAAAUGAUGCAGAAUCUAAUGGGACAGCUGAAAAACCAGAACCAGUUAUAACGUCCUCCGUUGUAUUGGAGAUUCCUAAGCAUGCUAGUACCACUGGGAUCAGGAAAAUCACAUUGAAGUUCAGUAAAAGAAGGGAGAACUCCGAUAGUCUGUGUACUUCCUCGGUUGUGGAGCCAGCAUUCGGUCAUGCAACUAGUUGCUUAGCACAUGGAAGUUCUAGGGAGGAACAAGAGAUAGACUUUCCAGGAAAAAGAUAUCCUCUCAGCAACCUCAAUAUAUAUGGUCGCAAUAUGGAAUUGAAAAUGUCUAAGAAAGUUGUUCCUAAUAGUUUCCCUACGAAUGUUAAGAAGCUAUUAUCAACUGGCAUCCUUGAAGGAGCUAGGGUGAAAUAUGUUUCUGGUGCACAUGAGGAGUUACAGGGGAUAGUCAGCCGUGGUGGAUACCUCUGUGGCUGUUCUUUGUGCAAUUUCUCAAAAGUUGUCACAGCAUAUGAGUUUGAGCAGCAUGCUGGAUUCAAAACUAAACACCCUAAUAAUCACAUAUACCUAGAAAAUGGAAGGCCUGUCUAUAGCAUUGUUCGAGAAUUGAAGACUGCUCCGCUAAGUGUACUAGAAGAAGUGCUCAAGGAUGUUGCUGGUUCAGCAGUCAAUGAGGAGGGCUUUCAGGUCUGGAAAGAGAACCUUGAGCAAGACAUUGGAAGCAAUGAAGGUGCUGAAAAGUUCUUCCUUCAAUCACGUCUAAGCAGUCAAGAUGUAGAAGGAAAUGGAGGCCCUGGUUGGUCUUCUCCGUUGGACAACAAUGCUAUUCAAUGUGAGGGGAGAUUGGAUGAUCACAAACGUGCAAUGAAAAAACCAGGUUCGUACAUUUAUAGCGAAUUUGUGAAGCAUAAGAAAGCCAUUGAAGGAUCUUGUAGGAGAAGGGAUAAUGAUCUACAUAAGCUACUUUUUAUGCCAAAUGGACUUCCAGAUGGAGCUGAGUUGGCUUAUUUUGUUAAAGGACAGAGAUUAUUAAGGGGAUACAAACAGGCAAAUGGAAUUGUCUGCAGUUGUUGUGACAGAGAGAUUAGUCCAUCACAAUUUGAAGCCCAUGCUGGGAUGGCUGUCAGACGCCAACCCUAUCGACACAUCUAUACUUCAAAUGGACUCACGCUGCACGAUAUAGCUCUAUCACUUGCAAAUGGACAAAAUCUUGCUGGUACUAGUGAUGAUAUGUGUACAGUAUGUGGAGAGGGAGGAGAUUUGAUUCUCUGUGUUGGAUGUCCACGAGCUUUUCACACAGCUUGUUUGGGUUUGCUUUCUACCCCACAGGAUGAUUGGUGCUGCUCAAGUUGUAAAGAUAAAUCAGUCUCUUGUAGAAAAAUGUGUCCUGGAGAUUCAAAUGCUUCGAGACCAAUUAUGAUACGGCUGACACGUGUUGUCAGAGAACCUGAAGUUGACAUUGGUGGUUGCUGUGUCUGCAGGAGCCAUGACUUCAGUGUUGGUAAAUUUGACGAACAAACAGUUAUGCUGUGUGAUCAAUGCGAGAAGGAAUACCACGUCGGCUGCUUGCGGGAGAUUGGACUUUGUGAUCUGAAGGAAUUGCCUAAAGAUAAAUGGUUUUGUUGUGAUGACUGCGACAAGAUUCACAUCGCUUUACAAAAAUCUGUCUCCGCUGGAUUUCAGACCAUCCUGGCAUCUUCUUUAAGUACAAUAAACAGGAAGCAUAUUGAAAAAGGGCUUCUCAUUGAUGGAUUAACGGAUGAUGUCCAAUGGCGAAUUUUGAGUGGGAAAAGUCGGUUCCCUGAGGAUCUACCUCUGCUUUCAAGGGCCACUGCAAUUUUUCGAGAGUGUUUUGAUCCUAUUGUCGUAGCAUCAGGUCGCGAUCUCAUACCUGUCAUGGUUUAUGGGAGGAAUAUCUCCGGACAAGAAUUUGGUGGAAUGUAUUGCAUAGUUUUAACAGUGAAGUCUGUUGUUGUGUCAGCUGGUCUUCUUAGGAUUUUUGGGAGGGAGGUUGCUGAGCUUCCUUUGGUUGCUACAAGUAGAGAGCAUCAGGGAAAAGGUUACUUCCAAGCACUAUUCUCUUGUAUCGAGGGGUUACUUUGUUCACUGAAUGUGGAGAAGCUGGUGCUUCCAGCAGCUGAAGAAGCCGAGUCAAUUUGGACAAAAAGAUUUUGUUUCAGAAAGAUGAGUGAUGAACAUUUCAAGAAGCACAUGGGGGAUCAUCAGCUUACUAUUUUCAAGGGGACAUCAAUGCUGGAGAAGGAGGUGCUGGCAAAGAGAGAUUAACAGCUUUUUCCCUUUUGGUGGAAGAUUCAUCGAGGUUGAUAUAUUUGUUCUUCUUUCUUCAAUUCCUUCAUGUAGAAUCUAGUCCUGCUUUUACAUUCUUGUUUCUCUGGGGUCUUCAUUGGUGCCGAAAUCCACACUGUAGGAUGUUUGCUUGUGUUGACAUUACAUUAGAAUUAGAUAGCGAGAUAAAGCAAUGUUUUGAGGUUAGAGAGGUGUCUUGUAAAAAGGAAAAUCGAUGCGUGCUCACAUUUUUAUUACGCAUGCAUAUCUCAAGUGUUUCUGGUAUGUUUUGCUUCUCUUGCAAAAAGACUAAUAAGACUGCCUUUUUUUUUUUUUU